AUGGCUAUUCUUGUUGUUUGUGCUCUCUUGAUCUUGGCUUGCUCAUUUUGGAAGAGACAUAAAGAAGACAGCAGUGCAGACAGAGAUUUGGAGUCGGGUAGUGAUUCUGUGAAGGUGUUUAAAGACAAGGUUUUGGUUAUAAUGGCCGGAAAUGAGAACUCUACUUACUUGGCCACCCCGAUUCCGGUUUGCCCUACUAAAAGUACUAGUUUUGAAGAGGAAUCAGAGAAGAUAAAAGGAGAUGAUAAGGAAGAGAACUGUGAGAAAUUGAAAGAGGCAGCAUCGUCAACACCAAUGAGCUAG